AUUCUCUGUCUCUCUACACCUCGCCCUCGCUCUCUCUGAACUCUCACACACGCCCACCAGGAAAGGAGGACGAAAUCUUCAAUCUUUCGGCCUCAGAGGAAGGGAGAUCUCCCCUCGAAGUGACGGUUUUUGAUCGUUUGUUUUCCGAGUUCUUGUGGUGGGUGUUGUCUGUUUUGCCUGGAGAGAAGAGAGGAAGAAGGAAUCCGAGGGAACAUGACGGUGGAGAAGGAAGAUCUGGGGUUGUCCCUGAGCUUGAGCUUCCCUCACAGCAAUCGGCCUUCCCAGAUCAGUGUCUCUCCUUUCGGCUUCAGCCUCCACGAGCCCUCUCACCGGGACUGCGAGACCUUCGCUUCAUUAGAUCGGAUCUCGGAGGCGGAGGCGCGGCCGUUCCUGCGGGGCAUCGACGUGAACCGGCCGCCGCCGUCGACGGCGGACUGCGAGGAGCAGGAGGAGGAGGCGGGGGUGUCGUCGCCGAACAGCACUAUCUCGAGCGUCAGCGGGAAGAGGGGCGAGAGGGAGAUGGUCAGCGGCGGCGAGGACAACGAUGCGGAGAGGGACUGUAGCCGCGGCGGCGGCGGCGGCAGCGACGAGGAGGACGGCGAGAACUCGAGGAAGAAGCUGAGGCUGUCCAAGGAUCAGUCGGCCGUCUUGGAGGAGAGCUUCCGAGAUCACAACACCCUGAAUCCCAAGCAAAAGCUGGCGUUGGCGAAGCAGCUAGGCCUGCGACCUAGACAAGUCGAAGUCUGGUUUCAGAACCGCAGAGCACGGACCAAGUUGAAGCAGACGGAGAUAGACUGCGAGUUCCUGAAGAGGUGCUGCGAGAACCUGACAGAGGAGAACCGGCGGUUGCAGAAGGAGGUCCAGGAGCUGCGAGCUCUCAAGCUCUCCCCUCAGUUCUACAUGCGCAUGCCCCCUCCCACCACCCUCACCAUGUGCCCCUCCUGCGAGCGCGUCGGGGCUCCCCCGCAGCCGCCGCCCCCCUCCUCCACCUCCGCCGGCGGUUCCAGGGUCGUCCACCACCGGGAGCCCGUGCCCAUGAUCCCGUGGUCCGCGCGGCCCGGCCCGGUCCCGCACGGGGCUCUCCGGCCCAGGACGUGAGAUCGGGGGAAGGGCGAGGGCGAGGCCGGGGGCAGAGGACAUUUUGGUCAAAAAUCGAGGAUGUCCUGAAGCCUUUUAGGAUGCAGUUGUUGGCGAUGUACCUAAGUAUGUGAAAAAUGGUAAAAACACGGGAUGGGACCAAGCAAAGUCCAAAGAUUUGGUGGUUGGGAUUGGGAUAUGGUGGGGUCUUUAUGUGAUGUUUUUGUGGUA